CGUUUCUUAAUUAAAUGCUAUAGCUUAAUUGGAAGCUUGCAUAGUAGUUGCAGUUUUGACAACUUUUGCCCAGUUUGCUAGCUAGCAUUGUUUACCAAGAUGAGAUGCAGCUCGGAAGAAAGUGGAGAUGUUGCCUGCAGCUCAUCUCAGAAGAAGUACAAGGGAGUGCGUCAAAGGAAAUGGGGCAAGUGGGUGUCCGAAAUCCGAGUCCCCGGCUCCCAAGAACGUCUUUGGCUCGGCUCCUAUGCUACACCAGAGGCUGCCGCCGUGGCUCGCGACGUUGCUUUUUAUUGUCUGCGCGGACCAUCGGCGUUGGACUACCUCAACUUCCCGCUAAUGUUGCCUUAUGGUGUCCGGAAUGGCAUGUCGCCAAGAUCGGUCCAAAAAGCGGCCUCGGACGCUGGCAUGGCUAUCGAUGCCCAGUUGAUCGCACACAAGUUGCCGGAAAAAGAAGUGACGAGGGAAGAAAAAAGUGGUACUGUAGCUCCUGGCCUGGAGACAGCUUGUACUUGGGAAUUUGUGGGAGACAACUCAUGUGGGACGUGGGAAGGAAGUGAUCAGCGGAUAGAAGCUGGGGAUGAUCAGGCUUUCAGCAUUUCCGUUGAAGAUUAUCUUUAAUGUUAGCUUUAAUUUUAUUAGUCAUGUGGCGUUAAUGUCCGACGCACGUGUACAUAAAUCUCUAUGUAAUGGGCACGAAUUAUGAUAAGUUCUGGGCUUGCCCUCGAAAGCAGCGCAAGCUAAUUUUGUUGGGCAUAUAUAUUGUUUUUGUGUGGCUUUCAUUGAGUUCAAUUCCGUUGAGGUUCAGCAAUACUAAUUCGAGUACUGUUCUCGUACCAUAUUAUAACUAUUAUUUUCUUAAACCAA